UGUUCCGGGUCAGAAACUGGACGGGAGAGGAAAUUAACUCCGGGACGAGCCGAAGCAACAAAAAAAAAACAAAAAAACCGAGAAUGCUACCCUGUUCCACACGGAGAUGUAGCCUGGGUCUUUUCCGCUAAAGAGACGAGGUUUUAAAGCGACAACAAAAACAGGUGCCUACAAACUAACCAAAGUGAGAAAACGACGGAGAAUAACUCCCCAUGUUCGUCGACACCGAAACGAGUGUUAGCUCCGUAACGUCAGCCGUCGCCGUGUUUACGUGCAUGUGAGUUUUUUCGCCUCGCUUUUUUCCGCUUGACGGUAAAUAUAGUUCAAGACUGUCCCGCCGAGGCAAUCUGUUGCAUCCCCCUCCUCCUCCUCCUCCUCCUCUUCUGAAGUUUUUGUUUAUCGCACCGGGUUCCCAGAUUUAGUUCCCCCACCUCCCCCGCGAUGUUUCACUGCAUACCCCUGUGGCGGUGCAACCGUCAUGUGGAGAUGAUCGAUAAACGCCACUGCUCCCUGCUCUAUGUGCCCGAUGAGAUCUAUCGCUACGGCCGGAGUUUGGAGGAGCUGCUGCUGGAUGCAAACCAACUUCGAGACUUGCCCAAGCAAUUUUUCCAGCUGGUGAAACUAAGAAAACUUGGCCUCAGCGACAACGAGAUCCAGAGACUUCCACCAGAGAUAGCUAACUUCAUGCAGCUGGUAGAACUGGAUGUCUCUCGAAAUGAUAUUAUGGAGAUACCAGAAAGCAUUUCAUACUGCAAAGCCCUCCAAGUGGCCGACUUCAGUGGAAAUCCACUAACAAGAUUACCCGAAAGCUUUCCAGAGCUACGCAAUCUCACAGUCCUUUCCAUCAAUGAUAUUUCAUUACAAGUUCUUCCAGAUAACAUCGGAAACUUGUCCAAUUUGGCAUCACUAGAACUCAGAGAAAACCUGCUCACAUUCCUACCAGAGUCACUCUCCAUGCUUCAUAGACUUGAAGAACUCGACUUAGGGAAUAACGAACUGUACAGUUUGCCCGAGUCAAUAGGCGGUCUUGUCAGCUUGAAGGACUUGUGGCUGGAUGGAAACCAGUUGGCUGAAAUACCUGCAGAAAUGGGCACUAUGAGAAGCAUGUUGUGUCUGGAUGUAUCCGAAAACAAAAUCGAGCGACUUCCAGAAGAGCUGGGGGGUCUGGUGAUGCUCACAGAUCUGCUCGUGUCUCAGAACCUCAUUGAUGCUCUACCAGAAAGCAUCGGAAAACUUCGUAAACUCUCGAUACUGAAAGCUGAUCAGAACAGACUCACUUAUCUUCCAGAGAGCAUCGGCCACUGUGAAAGCCUUACUGAGCUCGUGCUCACAGAGAACCAGCUACAGAGUUUGCCGAGGAGUGUUGGGAAAUUAAAGCGACUUUCAAACUUCAACUGUGACAGGAAUCAGCUAUCAUCAUUACCCAAAGAGAUCGGCGGGUGCAGCGGUCUGAACGUCUUCUGCGUGCGAGAGAACCGACUGACCAGGAUCCCGUCGGAGCUGUCACAAGCCACGGAGCUGCAUGUGCUCGAUGUGUCUGGAAACAGGCUCAUCCACUUGCCGAUGUCGCUGACCACACUCCGGCUGAAGGCCUUAUGGUUGUCAGAGAACCAGUCGCAGCCGCUCCUCACCUUUCAGACGGACGAGGAUCCGGACUCGGGGGAGAAGGUGCUCACCUGCGUGCUGCUGCCUCAACAGCCAUAUGAGCCGGACAACAAAGGCUCCGAUAAUCUGGCACGCUGCGGAGCUCUGGAGAGUCUUGUGAAUGACAUGGUAGACGACACGUGGGACAACAAAGCCAUGAACCGGAUCAGUGCCAUUCACUUCCUGGAUGAUGACGAGGAGGAGGAUGACGACAAGGGAACUCUACUCCGGCGGGCCACGCCUCACCCGGGCGAGCUGAAAACCAUGAAGAAAGCGGCCGAGAACCUCCGCAACGACCUGAACGCUGCCAAAAGCCUGGACUCCAACAAAAACGAGGUCAAUAACGCUGCAGACAGAGUGACCACGUCUGUGAUGUGGUUUUGUAUAAGAACACCACUGAUCCACCUCUGUCACCAGUUUGUUUUCUCCCCUUGUAGGCUAGAUCUUACACUAACAUUCAUUUUUCAGCAGCAGGUGAUGUCCUCUGACUUUCUCCAGGAGUGUAGAAAUCCUCAGUCUAACCCGUGCCUCAGGACCAGCAGCCAAAACUGGUCCGUCCCAGUCUUCAGCUGGGGGGCAAACAAGGAGAGUCAGCAGGCGGGGCUUCGAUCUCCCCCGGCCAGUGACGGCGCGUGCGGUCGCUUCUCAGGCGCAGAGACGGAAGAAGAGGAAAUUGAACAACCCAAGGAGGAUUAUUCAAGCCAGCUGUCGGAGAAUGACUCGUCUUCUCGUUGGUUUCCACAUCAGAGAUCUGAAACGAGAGCGGGCAGAAAGUCUCCGCCUCGCAGAGUCGUUCAUAAAGGUCCAGCUCUUCAUGAAGACGCAAAGUUCUCCUCCAUCACAGCGAGUCUGAGGUCUCCUUCUUCUUCAGUGGCAGAAAGGACCCUUCCUCAGGAACCAUUCAUCUCCCAAGUGCCAUUAAGAUUGCAGAUCAAAGUGUCUGCUCAGAGGGGGAGUUUGGGAUUCAGCAUUGCAGGUGGGAGGGGCUCUCUGCCUUACAAAGACAAUGACGAGGGCAUCUUUAUUUCCAGAGUGAGUAAAGGUGGAGCAUCAGAAAAGGCGGGGGUCCGUGUUGGAGACAGAUUACUGGAGGUCAACGGCCUCGACAUGCAGGGGGCGACCCACCACCAGGCCGUCAGCGCCCUCAGGAAUGCCGGGAGCUGCAUCCAGAUGAUAGCGCUCAGAGAGAGGCUGCUUCCCCGGGAGGCGUACCGCCCGGAUCAGCCUCCUCCUCCUCCACCUCCGGAUCCUCGGGACGUGACGGGGCGACAGCUGUGGGGCUGCACCGGAGGGGGCUGGGGAAGCAGACAGCAGGAGCAGAGCAUGGACGACUGUUUGCCAAAGAGAAUUGAGGCGGUGGUCUGCAACGGCAACGGCAUUUCUGAUUUGGAGAGGGACCUGAGGAGGACCUUGUCUGAACUGGAGGCAGUAACCAAGGCCAAAAAUGAUUCACUUCAAGCGGGGAAGCAUACAAUGACAAUCCCACGGAUCAUCCUCACUCAUCCCUCUACCUCAGAUGAAGAUGUGGAUCUCUUGACACAGAGCACCAGAAGAGAGCUGCAGCAAGACAAUGAGACUCCUGACGGACGCUUUUUUGACAGUGCCUUCCACCCACCUUGACCUCAGCCUCAGGAAGGACACAGACUGUGAUUCCCCCCCCCCCCCCGUCUUCUGUUGGAGCAUCUUAGGUGAUGAUUCUGUGGAGGACUUGAGUAAAAACAAACUGAAUGUGUUUUUUUUUUUACUGUCACUGCAAGGCUUCUUUUUUUUUUGUCCGCCAGAUUGAAGUGCUGCUAAAAUAAUUUCUUAAUAUUAAAGUUAUUUGAGAGAUC